CUUGAAAGAGAACGGAGACAAAGGUGGUUUCUGGUUUUCUUUCCAAAGCACAUGGAAGCAAACGGAAAAACAGGAUGAGGAGGACAGCCACCUGAAGGGAGAGGGGGAAGUGUGCCCACCCUGAGCCCCGCGCGGUGGGGAGCGCGUUACUGACGCCGAGCAAGGAUGUAUGUGCACGUCAACAUCCAGUAUUUUUAAGUUCACAUUUGGGAACGAGAGGGUAAGCUUUGGCAAAAAUGAUCUCGUCCAGCGUUAACACGUUUACUUCGAUAUGACAUUCAUCACGGGAUUGGUUCGACUUGCUGCCCCCUGGGUGGCCCAUGUGUCUCGUUCUGAAUCCGCUCAGAUACCCCCCGCCCUCGCGCGCGCGCGCGUCUGCUGAACCGCGAACGCGGCGGCGGUGUGUCCCACAGCUCACAGCUGCCUGUCACGGCAAAGCCUCCACAGGUUUGUCGAAAGGCUGUGUGGACCGUAAAGCAAGACGGGGACGUCCGGUCUGACAGACUGAAGGUCCCCGCCCGGGCAGGGAAGCGGCCUCGUGUCACCGUUGACGCGGGCUUCCUCUGAAGCGCUGCUGAGAACUUGGAAAGGAAUCGGACUUGCUACAGUCACGCGUUCAUGGAAAAGUAGUUUGUUUCCCGAGCGUCUUCCAGGGCGUCUUCAGGGCUCUGGAGCAGAAACCGCCGCGGCGUGGGUACCCGGGACGUCACGGCUCCGCCCCGAGGCUGCCCCUCCCGAGGCCAGGCGGCGCGGCCCCGGCUUCCCGUGAGGCGUGCGCCGGGGGACCGCUCCGGAAGCCGCCCGGCCCGCGCGCCCUGAGCGUCCGGUUGCCCCGGAGACGCCGCGGCCCUUCGCUCCUCAGUUGCUGGGCGGGUGGCGGCCGGCGCGCAGCGACCUGCCCCGGGUCCGGACCGCUCCGGAUUGCGCGAGACGGCGUCGCGGGCGCCCCCGGACCACACCGUGUAACAUUGUGCUGCAAGUCAGUCAAUACAGUAAUUUAAGUCCUGUCAACUAUAAUGGAAAAAUAUGAAAAAUUAGCCAAGAUUGGAGAAGGGUCCUAUGGGGUUGUAUUCAAGUGCAGAAACAAAACCUCUGGACAAGUGGUAGCUAUUAAAAAGUUUGUGGAAUCUGAGGAUGAUCCAGUUGUUAAGAAAAUAGCACUAAGAGAAAUACGGAUGUUGAAGCAAUUAAAACACCCAAACCUUGUGAACCUCAUUGAGGUGUUCAGAAGAAAAAGGAAAAUGCAUUUAGUUUUUGAAUACUGUGAUCACACACUUUUAAAUGAGCUGGAAAGAAACCCCAAAGGAGUUGCUGAUGGAGUGAUCAAAAGUGUAUUAUGGCAAACACUUCAAGCUCUUAAUUUCUGUCAUAAACAUAACUGUAUUCACAGGGAUGUAAAACCUGAAAAUAUUCUAAUAACUAAGCAAGGAAUAAUCAAGAUCUGUGACUUUGGGUUUGCACGAAUUCUGAUUCCAGGAGAUGCCUACACUGAUUACGUGGCGACACGGUGGUACCGAGCUCCGGAACUUCUGGUGGGAGACACGCAGUACGGUUCCUCUGUGGAUGUAUGGGCCACUGGCUGCGUUUUUGCAGAGCUUCUUACAGGCCAGCCACUCUGGCCUGGAAAAUCAGAUGUGGACCAGCUUUAUCUGAUCAUCAGAACACUGGGAAAACUAAUCCCAAGACAUCAAUCUAUCUUCAAAAGUAACCAGUUUUUCCAUGGCAUCAGUAUUCCUGAGCCAGAAGACAUGGAAACUCUUGAAGAAAAGUUCUCAGAUGCUCAUCCCAUGUCUUUGAAUUUCAUGAAGGAGUGUCUGAAGAUGAAUCCUGAUGACAGAUUAACCUGUGCCCAACUCCUGGAGAGCCCGUACUUUGAUUCUUUUCAUGAAGACCAAAUUAAAAGAAAAGCACGUACUGAAGGAAGAAACAGAAGACGCCAGCAGAAUCAACUGUUGCCUCUCAUACCAGGAAGCCACAUCUCCCCCACACCUGAUGGAAGAAAACAAGUCCUUCAGUUAAAAUUUGAUCAUCUUCCAAACAUUUAGGAAAAUGUUCUUUCAAGUGGAAAGUAAUUUAAUAUGUACACAUUUUUGUACAAGAGAGAUAGGGAUUCUCAGUGUUUCAAAUGCAAAUGAGCCAUAUGAAAAUUAAGAUGCCUUCUAGAAUUGUUUUGCUCUGAUCAUUACUGAUUCCUCUGCCCAUGCUUUUUACAUGCCAACUUUAUCUUUUAGAACAUUUUCUUUAAAUGUUAGAGAGUCUGAAACUGCACAUAUGGAGGAGACAUUUUCCAUUUCAUCAGAGCAGCCCUUCCAGAGGCAAUUUAGAGAAUUUGUGGGCUUGUAUGUUGAUUUUUGGAAAAAAGAGUUACAUAUGUCAUUUUGGUUUACCUGACUACAUAAUGUCUUAGAGCAUUACCAAAUAGCUUGCCUAACUGUUGUUUGUGUAAGGAAUGACAUUAUGUUUCUGCAUUUUAAUUCAUGCUUAUUGUAACCAGGUCUGUUGAGUAGUGCUGGAUUUUAUAUUGGUGUAGGAAGGGAACCUGUAAAUGUCAUGUAGGUUUAUCCCUCGAUUCCAGGGAAGACACUACUUUCUCUGUCUCAUGAGACAUUGAUGAUUCCAAUUUUAAAGGAAGUCAGAGAAAAUUCCAUACAUUUACAUAGCAAAUAAGGAACUACGAGGAAUUACCAUCCUCAGGACAUAAUAUCCUGUGAUAAUUGACUGCUGACUCUAAUGCUAUCCUUUAGAGCAUCGUGGUUUCUUUUUCUUUUUCCUGGCUUGAUCAUCUCAGUGCCUAGAUGUAUCCUGUUGGGUGUGUGUCCUAAAUAUUUGGUUCAAGGUCAAUAUACUUCCAAACAUUUGAAUCCAUAGCCUCUGUGAACUUGUGCAGCCCUAAACUUGUAUAUCAGAUCAGGUUUUUAAAUGCUUCCAACAGCAAAAAGAUUAUCUUUCAGUUACCUUCUUUGUGUCUCCUACCAAAAAAAAAAAAAGAAGCAAACAAACAAAACACCACAAUAGAUGAGCCCAGUUUACUCUGGGAUAUUUUCUCUAGUAAACUUGACAGAUACACCUACAUAUACACAUAUGUACCUAUUUCUCUAUAUAUAUGUUUAUAAUUAAAAGUUUUAAAACAACAUAGUAGAUGCCUUUUAUCCUAGACAUGGAAGAAUGAUGCAGUCUGUUUAAAGGGCUUUUUGUUUGCUAGCAAGGAACUCAUGUAAAAUAAUAUGGGGUUGUCUAUCGCUGUCUGGCAUAAAGGCACAAAAUAGUGAUGUUUCAAUAAAUAUUAAGGUUAUUGCAUUAA